UCUACUUCCGCCUCCCGGAAGCGGCGAGCGCGUGAGCGUUUCCAGGACCACCGCGUGGAGCUGAGAGCCGGGCCACCUUCAGCAUGGCGGCAUUCUCUGGGCCCGCCGCCCCCAUUCUGUCUCUGAACCCGCAGGAAGAUGCGCAGUUCCAGAAGGAGGUGGCGCAGGUUCGGCGUCGCGUGACCCAGCAAAAAAAGCAAGAAGAACUUACACCCGGAGUAAUCUUUGUGGGCCACCUACCUCCGGUACUUUUUGAAUCCCAGAUCAAAGCAUAUUUCUCCCAGUUUGGCAGUAUUACAAGAUUCAGACUGUCCAGAAGCAAAAGGACAGGAAAUAGCAGAGGCUAUGCCUUUGUGGAGUUUCAGUCUGAAGAUGUUGCCAAGAUAGUAGCUGAAACGAUGAACAACUACCUCUUCGGCGAAAGACUCCUGGUUUGCCGUUUUAUGCCACCAGAAAAGGUACAUAAAGAUCUUUUUAAAGGCUGGCAAGUUCCAUUUCAUCAUCCAAUAUACCCUGCAGUGAAACGGUAUAAUCAUAAUCGGACACUUCUACAAAAGUUGCGUAUGGAAGAUCGAUUUAAGAAGAAAGAAAAAUUACUCAGGAAGAAAUUAAUUGCAAGAGGAAUUGAUUAUGAUUUUCCUUCAUUAGUUUUAUCUACUAAGAAAAAAGAGGUUUCAGACAAAAAAGAGGUCUCGGACAAAAAAGAGGUCUCCGCGAAAAAGAAAAAAGCUCCAGGCAUACCUAAGAAGAAGAAGAAAAGGGUUUCAAAAGGCUCUCCCAUAAGUCCUGACAAGACUGUGGAUAGCCAGAGCGCCACACCAGUUUGUUCACCAGCAUUUUUGGAGAAACGAAAAUCUGAAGUUGCUGAAAUGAAUGAUGAUAAAGAUGAUGAGAUAGUCUUCAAACAGCCUGUGUCCAGUGUAAAAGAGAUACAAGAGACUGCAACACCCACUCGUUCAGGGAAGAAAAGACCAAGGCGAAGAAAGAGCAAACUGUGAUUCUGAAUGUGUUGUGUGCACCGUAUCUUACCAGUAAUGUGAUUUGUUGUAAGAAUGACUGCUGCGUUGUGCUGGACAAACCAGUUCAACCAAUAGCAAGACUUUCAGAGGAAAAAUGUACUGGUUGUUCAAGGUUGGUGAGGAAAGCAGUCAAUCAUUUCGGCUCGUCUGCUCUC